AUGUUCCAAAUCGAGAGCCUCGCACCGAAGCUGGACCCUGAGGAGAUGAAAUGGAAGAUGUGUGAGGAUGUGAUCUCUUCCAUACAGAAUUUCCUCAUCUACAUGGCCCUGCUGCGAGUCACUCCUUUUAUCUUAAAGAAAUCGGAGAGCAUAUGA